AUGGAAGGGGUGUAUCUGGACCAGAAUGGAGAGCUGGCAGCUGACUUUGACCUUGUGAACUGGCUAAAGUUUCCAAACAGGUCACUAGUCCGAGUGAAAUUCGGAAGUUUCUCAAGACAGAGAUCUCAGGAGCCCAAGUUUAUCAUUGACCAGGAUGCCAUUAUUUGGCCAAAAUGGUUUAACAAGAGUCUGCCUCCCUCCAAAUGUGUGGACAGUUGUCAGCCUGGAUUUUUCAAGGUGGGCCAGGAAGGCAAGCCUUUUUGCUGCUAUGACUGUGUACCCUGUGGAGAAGGCACCUUUUCCUCUCAGGAAGAUGCAGAAAAGUGUGCCAGAUGUCCAGAUGAUCAGCAUCCAAAUCAGAAGCAAGAUCAAUGUCUCCCUAAAAAAUUAACCUUCCUGGCUUACAGUGAAAAUUUGGGGAUCAUCCUGGAUUCUCUUGCACUUUCCUUGUCCUUAGCUACUGUCUUUGUGUUAGCAAUCUUUGUGAAACACCGAAAAACUCCCCUUGUCAAAGCCAACAACCGGGACCUUUCCUACAUCCUCCUGGUCUCCCUUCUGCUUUCCUUUGUCACUUCCUUCCUCUUCAUUGGCCGGCCAAGGAGAGUCACUUGCCUCCUCCGACAAACAGCCUUCAGCAUCGUCUUCUCAAUUGCUGUGUCUUCUGUCUUGGCCAAAACUGUCACAGUUGUGCUGGCCUUUCUGGCUACAAAGCCAGGAAACAGGAUGAGGAGAUGGCUGGGGAAGAGCUUUAUGAACUCCAUCAUCCUUUGUUCUUCCAGUAUUCAGACGGUCAUCUGCAGCAUCUGGCUGGUGGUCUCUCCUCCAUUUCCUGAUUCUGAUAUGCACUCCCAAUCAGGAGAGAUUGUCCUGCAGUGCAACGAAGGUUCUCUUGCCAUGUUUUAUGUUGCUCUUGGUUACAUGGGUUUCCUGGCCACCAUCUGUUUCAUGGUGGCUUUCCUGGCUAGGAACCUCCCUGGGGCAUUUAAUGAAGCCAAGCUGAUCUCCUUCAGCAUGUUGGUCUUUUGCAGUGUCUGGGUGUCCUUUGUACCCACCUACCUGAGUACCAAAGGGAAGUACAUGGUGGCUGUGCAGAUCUUCUCCAUCUUGGCCUCUAGUGGUGGCCUGCUGGGUUGCAUCUUCAUUCCCAAGUGCUACAUUAUUUUAAUAAAACCAGAUCUGAAUGUAAAGGAGCAGCUAGUUGUUAAAAUCUAG